GGCUAAGAUUGAACGAGUGCACAAAUCUUCGAGAGAAGGAGAUCUUCGGGGAGUUCGUACCUCUUUGGAUCGCCGCAAGUACGCGGUUGCCAAAGACAACAGCACAAGUCUCAAGCCGACUCCACUUCACGUCGCGAUUCUCUUUGGCAGGACCAGUGUCCUGCGCUACCUAGCGGGAAGGUUCCCGGAGACGAUGCAUGCUCAAGACAGCGGAGGAAGAACGCCUCUUCACUAUGCUGCAACUCUUCCAGACAAUGGCCACUUCUACUCACUUCUCAUCACCCUCGGAGCGGACAAGGCCAUCCUGGAUAAGUCAGGGAAAACAGCUGAAUAUUACCUGAAGAACAAAGAAGACUUGACCCGUGAGAUGCUAUUGGCAGAGUACCAAGACAGGCCUGUUCCAAUCGACACCAGUGGCCUCAACUUCAACAGAUAUUCAGAUAAAGGCGGAGAAUUGUUAAGGGAAGGUUAUCCAAUAUUCAAAGCUGAAGAAGGACAGUACUUAGCUGCCUCAUUAGGAGAACCCUUAAUAAAAGGCCUCACAGAAGUGGCACAACUGAGACCUCCAAACCCGAUAAUACACUUGGCAAACUUCCUUUUAGCUUUCAAUAAAUCAGAGGAUUUGGCCGAACCUCUUCAGAGAGGAAUCAGAAGUAUAGAAGGCACACCCGAGAGUCGCGAUCCUAAGGAGGAUGAGAACGGGAAUCAGAUGGAAACAGAUGAAAUUGAAUCACAAACAGAAGAAAUUGAAGACGAAACGGAAGAUAACAAUAAUAAAAGAAAGGAUGAAGAUGAAGAAGUGGUUGAAGGAGUGGACGAAGAUGACGAAAUUACAAGUUCUCCCGAACCAGAAGAAAAUUCUUUUAAACCAGUUAAUAGGGAUGAGCAUGGACAAAGUAUGCUCCAUUUCGCUGCAGCUAGAUCACAAGGAAGAAACGCCAUGUUCCAGCUGCUUCAAGAAAUGGAUAGCAAUCCUGGUCUCAGGGAUUCUCUUUAUAGAACAGCUAGAGAUAUUGCCGAACAAUCAGAUAUCCAGGAAAACAUUCGUGGAAUUGACAGAUACGUUGUUGCUUUGGCUGCUAGAGGGGAAGAAAACAGGUUAAGAGAACUGUUACUUGAAGGAUAUGACCAUAUUUUGGAUGCUGAAGACAAUGGUUCUAUCUUAGAAAUAACUGAGGGAAGGGAGCAAACGGCAGUUUUGAAAUUCCUCAAAGGAGUUACAGCGUUUGAGGAAAAUCGUGAAAAAUUACACAGAGCGAUUAGGUUCGGAUCACUGGCCCAAGUGCAGGAAAUAUUUAAGAAAAGCGGUUCCAGAAAAAUGCUAGCGGUUGCAAAAAAUAAGCAAGGGCGGUCUUCUCUUCAUGUCGCAGUUCUUGCACAACAUGAAACAACGGUCGAACAUAUCGCCACUAAGUAUCCGGCUACACUUCAGAUUGGUGACAAUCUAAUGAGAACUCCACUUCACUAUGCUAUGGCUUUAGAAAAGGUUGAGUCAUUGUCUAGAAUCCUUAUAGCUGCGGGUGCUCAAAGAGUACUAAAAGAUCUGAAAGGAAGACAGGCUAGCUAUUACUUUAUGAAUAAAACCGACAUCAGGCAACUUCAGGAUGAAGAAGAAGCAUUGAGAGUAUAGGUCUUCAAAUCAAGGGAGAAACACACUAGAAAGUCUUAGAAUAUAUUCAUUAGCUUUAUGAAGCAAUUUUUUAACAAUAAUUAAAAAGACAUACCUUUAAGUUUUGUACACUGUGAUGUAUAUAGUUGUUUUUUUUAAUUUGUUACUGUAGAAAUAUAUUUUAAAAGAAG